AUGACCAGAGAUGUGAGGGACAGGGUCAACCUCUUGAAUAGUGCAAGUAUAUCAGUAUUGCGAAAGGUUUUUCAGAAAGAGCAGUCAAUUCCUGAACUAAGCAGUCCUUUUUUUAACAAGCUCGAAGUGAUAGGGCUUAUUCUGAAUUCCAUUGCCGGUGGGGGAAAUGUAUACUCGACUACGUCAGCGCAGGCCAGAUUGAAGGACCUGGUGCAAACCAUCUCGAAUGGGUUUUCCGAGCUAGAGGCGCAGGUAGACGCCACCAUUCCACUGGCCAGACAAGGUUCGAAUCUUGCAGCCACUGUUGGCGCUCAAUUUGCCCAACAAAACAUGCAACUGCGAAAAUUAAAGGCCGGGGUUCCGCUUUGGAAACGCUUGGUCAACUUCAACACCUGGGAAAUUCAAUCGCUCAAUCGAAAUAUUGCAAUGACUACCGCAAGCGCAUCGACGUUGAGGUCUAUUGCAUUAAAGCUUGAAGACCUCCGCGCAACUCUUGUAACCUUUCAGGGAAACGCGGAACAUUUUCGAGUGAGUCUCUGUGUCUUUCCUACAUUCUGGAAAGAUCCAUUAAUCACAUGUCGUCAUCAGUCCGAGAUCAUAGGUAAUCAUAAGUCUUGUCGUGAGCUAGCAAUCGAUGAGAAAUUUCGGGCAAUGAGACAGGUAAUUGGUUGCUUCAGUCAGCUCACUGAGGCGGCUGGAACCAACCUUAAAGUAACUCGGGUCGAUUCGCCGACCCUUUCAGCCUGA